AAUAUGGCUGCGGCCUCACAUGCUGCCCGCUAUUGUGUAGGCGACUGUCUUGUUAGUCACGUCACAGUGGAAUUAUUAAACACCCUUGGACCUAUUCUCGUUUUUUUACAUGCUCGUGUAACGUGCAAUGGUUAUAUGUGGGCAUAAUAGGAUAUUUGAUUAGCUCUCAAAUCUAGUGGGGAUAGAGCCUGUAUACUGUAUGUCAUGCUACAGGGAGAAGAAAUGGGUGACAGUUGGGGACACAUCUUUACGUAUAUACAAGUGGGUGCCAGUAACAGAAACCAAGCAGAUUUAUCGCACCAAAUCCACAGGUGGAGAAGUUAGAGGACUGAAAGAUGUGGUCUUGGAAAAUACUAACUCUUUACUGGAUUUCACUGAUGAAAACAGCAACCAGAGCUUUCUGUCAGAUAUUUACCAGUCUAAAAUGGAUAACAGCAGCAGCACCUCCAGCUCGCAGCAGGUCAGCCCCCCACAUACCUCCAGCCUUCGAAAUGAAGACUCCCAGCCACCAAUGCUCGGCCAGGAGAGUGUGGAUGAGCCAGUUCAUUUGGGACAGGAAGGGGCCGAUGAGCCUCCUACUCUCAUCAAAGAGGACCUUCUUUCAUCAGGGGCUGUUAGACGGAGCACUCCAGACACACAGGAGGAACUGGAUGAAACAGGAGCACCUCCUUUAAAGAAGAUUUGCACAGGAGAAAAUACUGUACUGAGAUAGUUUAUUUAUAUUAGUUUUGUCAAAAUGUCCUAAGUUGUUGUUAGAUUAGCUAAGCUUUCAAAAUUAUUCAAAGGUUCUUGACAAUGACACAAAUAUGAUCCAUUGCAUUUCAGCAAAUCACAAUUUUUGCAAAGUCUGGGUUCACUUUUGAAGGUCUUUGAAGUCUUGCUAUUUUAAGUGAUUUCUGACAUGAAGGGAAACAAUUUUCCAAACCUUCUGUGGCAAUUUACUGUUGUAGGCAGCAGUGUGUUAUACACUUUGUAUGCUUUAAAUGUCAAAAUGGCAACUGUUUCCAAUUUACUCUUUAUGCAUUUGAAAUUUACUUAUGCAUGUUUUCUUAUCCUGUUGCUUUAUUUUUUAGGUUUACAGGCCAUUUUGAAAACGUGUUAAAUGUGUAGCUUUAUGCAGAUCGAUGUUUAGAUGUGCUGUUAUGUAUUAAACAUGAUGCCUUUUCUGGAUCUUAUUUUAGCUUUUGGCUCAUGUCUAAAAAUAGAUGCCUUUUUAUUUAUAAUUUGCCCUUGUUUAUAACAGUUACUGAAGACGUUUUGUAAACCAUAAUAAAUGAGAAAGUUCAUUGAGUAAAUACUGAAGAAGGCUUCAUGCUGAAACACGUCAGUCCAUUGUAAAUAAAUUCAUCU